UAAUCACAGGUAUUUUUUUAACAGAAGGUAUUACUUGAGAUUUUUGUUAACAACUCCGGGUCAAACAACGUACCAGUAAGAUCAUGGUCGGUUGUGAGUAUCUGAUGUUACAAGACAAUGUCUGAUGUGGGACAGUCUCUUUUGGAAGCCAUUAUUACAGUGCAGGAAUAAUAUUGCAAUCAAAGAUUAAAGACAAUGAGUGACCAGGAUCGAAAUCCAUUAAAGAAGCAGCUAUCAAAAUCUUCCUUAGAGAAGAGUUUGCAGAUGAUCUCUCCUCCUCAACAAGCACCAGUCACAAUCUACCCUGGACCAUCAGCUGGCAUGGCUAAUCUCUCAAAGGCUGAUUUGGAAAUUGCACAGCGUUUGCAGAAUCUUCGCAAAUCACAGUCGGAUAAUGUGCCAACAGAAGAAGAAAUGGCUUCCAGACUUGCACAUUUGAAAGGCCUCCCAGCAGACCAUUAUGCCAAGACUUCAACUGUUGCAUAUCAACCUCCUGAUGCCAGAACGCAGGGUCAGAGAACUGAUGAUCUACUUUCACAGGUUAUGGAAGAAGUGUCCCUAGACUCCCGUGUUCCAAAUCAAGAUGAUGAAUUAGAAGCCCGCCUUGCACGACUCAGAGGAGAGGAAUCUCGUCCUAGUCAGCCUCAGGGUGCCAUGGCUUUACCAUCAGCUGCAUAUCUUGCUAAUUCCCAAGUCAGAGCUGAGGUUUCCUUGGGAGAAGACCUUGAUGAUAUGAGUAUAGAUGAAGUGGAAGCACUAAUGCAGGCUGCAGAGAAGGAAGCCCAAGCAUCUGCUGAGAAAUCUGUGGGUGAAUUGCAAGCGGAUCCUGAAUUAGCAGGAGCUGUGGCACAAGCUACAAGAAAGAAAGAAAAGAAAGGACGGCAGAAAAAGUCAAAGGGAACAAGUGGAGGCUCGUCUGAUGAAGAAAGACAUAGCAAGAGUUUUGACAGUGACUUAGAAAUAGAAGGGGGGAAGGCUAUUGAUGCAGUGACUGAACAAGAGGAAGUUCAGAGAAUUAUUGAUAUGUAUACCAAACGAGCACAGCUUAAGAAGGAGAAGAAAAAGAAGAAGAAAGAAGCAGCAGCAGCUGCCAUGGGAGGUGCUGUUGGGGGUGAUGAUUCUGAUUCAGACAUUGAAGUGAGUUCUGUUUCAGAUUUAAGUUCUGAUAGUGAGAAAUUUAGCAUGAGUGAUGAGCUUAGUGAUUAAAGAUAUUUGAUCAAGAUAUUGGUGCUAAAUUGAUAUGUAAUUAUGCAUCAGCAUAUCACAGGUUAAAAAUUUUUUUAUUUUGGGGAGAUCAGUUGUAGCUCUUGUUGGAGCUGUUAUGUGUAUAAGCAGCUAUGACAAGCUUCGGACUAUUAUAUGACUCCAGUGAUUUUGACAGUUGGAUUCCUCAUGUUUUAGAGGGAUGCCAAACUCGUUUGCGGAAAUAUGUAAAAGAUGUGAACAAGUAAUUUAAUAUUACUGUGGAAUUAAACUGAAUUCAUAAUUAUAACAUUGUUUGUGAUGUGGCAAUGCUUUUAAAUCAGAAAUGCACCCAUAAUUAUUUUUUUGCAACAAUACCUACUCCUUGAAAUAUUGCAAAUGAUAUUAGUGAUAUCACUUUCAGACACAAUCUAGCUUGCUUAAUAUAUAUAAAACAUUUUUAAACUCAUUAACAUCUUCAGAUUUGGAUGACAAUUAAACUCAAUUGUCAAGUUAGUAUAACCUUUGUCUCAAAUGAUGCUAACAUGCAUAUUCAGUAUUUUAAGAGACAGCACACCAUGCAGACAUAUACAACACGGACAUAAAGUACACGUAUAUAGCUCUGACAUACUUCUUACACUCCUAGUGUUCAGAUACAUACCAUACAAACAUACCUUCCACAUUAUUACACAAAAAUACUCAUUCAUAACAAAAAAAUAGAUAAACAUGCAUACAGACACAGCAUAGCACACUUAAAACAUUCCAGCACAUACAGUACACAGUGAUGUAUGCUGUCACAACAUACAUGCUCACACUUAAUACAUAUUCAUCUCUGAUCACAUUGUUGAGCUUCAAUAUUUUCAGAUUUGUCACAUUUACAUAUUGCUGUGAGCUAUUUAAUGUUUAAAGUAACACUUCCCACAUUUACACAUUAUAUUAUUAAAUAUAUUAUCCUUGCACUCAAAAGUAACCAAAGUAAGUCAUGCACAUGCAAAUAUGCAUGAGGUCUUUGCUUAUGUAUGCAGACAUAUCCAUAAGCCUCUUGUAAAGCAUUUAUGCUAUCAAAGAAAUUAUGAAAACAGUAGAAUUUAUACAACCAACCUAUCAUAUGAUUUUCUGUCAGCUUUAAGAUUUAGGUUUAAGAUACUAGAUACUGUACUUACUUUUAUAUUUUAAUAAAAGUAAACAAUCUUUUAGAGUAAGGUGCGGUGACCUGUAAGUAAUGUAAUGUCCAUGUCCUCUGUGUGCCUUGCUUACUGACAGUUUGGAUGGGUUUAAGUGACCUUCCAUAGGCCCCCUGACUACACUUGGCCUCGGUUCUCUUUUCAUUAAAAUUGCAUGCAUGCAUUUUUUAAAGAAAUCUCUUCCUCAUUACAGCUUAGUCAUUUCCCUUUAGCAUUUCUUACAAGAUUAUAUUUAAGGAAUAUUAGUGGGAUAGUUGUUGGCAGUAAAGUUUUAUUUGUAAUAUAUUUUAAUAAUUGGUUCCAAUUAUGUUGUCAGUAAAACAUUUGCAGCAAUUUAAUGCAACUGAUUGUAAGAACUCUUUCAAAGAAAAGUAUACUGUACAGGAUUAGGAGAGUAGAAAAGGUAAAGAAUAAAGUCGAAGGGAAGACUAUUUUUAUCAUGAAAUGACUGAUAAAGUGAAAUAAUGAAGGAUAGUAGUAAAGUAAGUUGACCAACAGGGUAUAACAGUGAUCUAGGAUAAUGAUAAACCAAAACAGAAGUUGAAGGGUCAAGUGAAUAUAUAUAUAUAUAUAUAUAUAUAUAUAUAUAUAUAUAUAUAUAUAUAUAUAUAUAUAUAUAUAUAUAUAUAUAUAUAUAUAUAUAUAUAUAUAUAUAUAUAUA